AUGUCGGAUCUUCCCAAAGAUUUGGUAGAAGAGAUACUCUGUCGAGUUCCAGCCUCAUACCUGAGCGAAUUACGAUAUACAUGCAAAAGAUGGAACAGAUUAUUCAACAAGAAGAGAUUCACAAGAAAGCAUUUGGACAAAGCCGCAAAACAGUUUCUGGUUCUCAUGUCGAAGCAGGAUAGGGUUUGUUUGAUAAGCGUCAAUUUUUGUGGAGUUCCAUCUGUAGAGAUCAAAGGUGAACAACGGAGAAUGAUAGGUUUAGAUGAGUUCGAGAUUUUUAAAGUCUCUCACUGCGACAGUUUAUUGUUAUGCAACAACAAAAAAAAGAAUAGAAUCGUGGUUUGGAACCCGUGUACUGGUCAAACCAGGUGGAUCCAACCAACAAAGAUAGGUUCUUAUGCUCUUGGAUCCUACCAAGACCAGAAAUAUGGCGAUACUAGCUACAAGAUCUUGUCUUGUUGUGUAUAUGGCGACAAUAACGAGUUCGAAAUUUUACCAAAAAAAAAGAACGAGUUCGAAAUCUAUGAGUUCAACACUAAUUCAUGGAGGACUCUUGAUGUUACUUUGGAUUGUGAAUUGGACAAAUGUGUUCCUGGCAUGUCUUUGAAGGGAAAGACUUACUGGUUUGCUUCAGAUGAAAAGGAGGAACAGCUCGGCAUGUUUUUAGUAUGUUUUGAUUAUACAACAGAAAUAUUCGACCGUUUGCUUUUUCCAUGUAAGUGUCUUUAUGAUGAAGCCUUAUCUCUAUCCGUUGUUAGAGAAGAGAAACUUUCUGUGUUAUUACAGCGUGGAGGAGAUACAUUAAGAAGAGAGAUAUGGGUAACAAAUAAGAUUGAUGAGGCCAAAGUUGUGUCGUGGAGCAAGUUCUUAACAGUGGAUAUGAAACCUGAAUGUAGUUUCGGCCUCACAAGUUUCUUGGUGGAUGAGGAGAAGAAAUCUAUUGUUUUGUGUCAUUUGAUAUUGCGGCGAAAUGGAGUCCCCAGCGAACAGGGGGUAUACAUUGUUGGAGAGGACAAUAACGUAAAACAGGUGCAUUCUGGAUUCGUAUCAUCUUUGCCAAAUUUGUUUGAUUAUGUUCCAAGUUUGACUCAAAUCUAG